AUGGAUGUGAAACAUCUGAAUGUCGGCAAUAUUCUCUAUGCCACGUGUGCAGUCUACAUUGUGCUCCGUCUGAUUUGCACCGAUUCCGGAGUGAUAUCGUGAGUCUUCGGUUUUUCGGUUUUCCCAAACAUAUUGUACCUUUUCAGAGAGAAGAAAAAGCUAGAGAACAUCCCGUUGGAGUGUGAUUCGGUCGUGAAUGGAACUGAGAAUGAGCGGCUCAUUUCACGGGCGAAACAAUGGGAUUGGCACUUUGAUUGGGUCGAGCAGGAGCUUUUUCAGGCUAACAAUGUGUGAGUUUGACCUUUUUGGCAUUAGGACUCAAAAUAACUUUCAACUCAAAAGUUCCACAUUGUAUCCUUAAACUUUCACAGAUGCACAGUGAUCGACAAGUACUUCAACUUCUCCCGCGAACCAAUGUCCCUCGAGGAGGCCGAGUAUCCGUUGGCCUACGGGCUUGUGGUCUAUAAGACUAUUGUCCAGGUGGGUGUCUUGGUUCUGAACCCCUAAAUGAUCCAUUCAUUCCAGGUGAUGAUGCAGUUGUCCCUGUUCUACCAGCCCCAACAUCUCUUCUGCAUUACUGUCGAUAUGCAAAGUUCUGACGAGUACAAAAAUGUCAUCGAAUCCCUUCCCACUUGCUUUCCAAACAUGAAAAUAUUUGUGAGAGCAGCCUUGAUCGAUGUGACUUUGAAACAAACCGUUCAGAUUGGAGAAGCAUCCGAAUGGGGAUCGUUUGGUAUUCUGAAGAAUGUGUACACUUGUUUCAACUGGCUGACCGAAGAGAAACACAAUUGGAAGUACUAUCAGGUGCUUGAAAACUAGAGGAAACAGGCGUCACACUCAAUUUUCAGUACCUCUCUGGGACUGAUCUGCCGAUCCGAACGAAUCUAGAGAUGGUGCGGAUAUUCAAAGCGCUCAACGGUUCGAUCAACACGGACGUCAGUGAUUUCGAGGUGAACAGGUACAAGAAUAUGGAGGUAUGCACGAUUGGAACUCUUCUGAAUCCUCAAUCUUCGGGUGUUCAGGGUGUUCUGCCUCCGAUUCCAAUCUACAAGUCGUCGAUGUCGGUGGUCGUGCCCCGAACCGCUGCCAAUUUCAUCAUCGUCAGUCCGAGAGUUCAGAAGUUGUUGAGUUAUCUGGCGAAGACGUGGAUUCCGGAUGAGUCAUUCUGGUCGACUGUCUCUGGAUCGCCAGCUUGUGAGUUUGGAGCAAAGUGUCGUGAAUGAUCUACAGUUGCUGAGCAAGUCUGACAAUCAGAGAAGGACAAUUUGUGACAUCGUACUUUCUAGAGAAUCCGGAACUGUUUCCACCUUACCGUAACCCUCCCCUCUUACAGUACUCCCAGUGCCCGGCGCAAUCCGUGUCCGUGACAUUCUCUGGCUCCGGAAGCACUUCAAAAUGCGUCCGCCGGACGUGAACACGGUCGAAUCGAUCGGAACUUCGUAUAUUGGACGCUACCAAGUGUGGGGUUGGCAGAAGGAUUGUAACGGUUCGUCGAUCGAAGAUUGAUCUCCGACCGACAGCGAAAAGAUUUCAGGAAAGAUCAAAGACUUUUCGUGCGUUUUCGGAGUCGAGGACAUUGAGGAAAUCGUGACGCGUCCGAGCUGGUUGCCCAUAAAUUGUACUUGGAGUUCGAGCCGGCUGCGUUCAUGUGCAUGUUCAAGGUAGGCGAGAGGUUUUGAUGAACGACUGAUGAGCAUUGAAUUCAGGAGAUCCGGAGUCGAAGUCUGAGCCCGGAUGCCGCGAAAUUCAGUGCGAAGAGCUACUCGGAGAUGCCGACCGUCGAACUGCUGCAAGGGAAGGCGAUCACGCAGCUGUCCCAUCCGAACUGGCUCGUCAGGGACUCGUUCUACAAUCCGGAACAAGAGGAAAUCGAUCGGGCCGUGCUGUAG